AUGCGCAAGUUCAACGUCGUUGUCCUUGGGGCUGGAGGUGUGGGGAAGUCCGCGCUUACAGUGCGAUACAUACGAGAUGUGUUCAUUGAUUACUAUGAUCCCACAAUUGAAGAGGAGUAUCGACGAACUGUGAAACUUGAUGGAGAAUUGUCUACGCUAGAAAUAUUGGAUACUGCAGGCGCUGAACAGUUCACGAGUCUUAACGAAGUCUAUAUCAAGGCAGGGCUGGGUUUUGUCCUUGUCUUCAGGCGAGUCAACGAACUGCCGUCUCCGACAUGGUCUUACUUCGUCCCUAGCUUGACUCAAGAGGCCAGUUUAAAGGAGGUCGAUCACCUGCGGCAGCAGAUAUACAGAAUCAAAGGCGGAGAUACUGACAUCCCUAUCGUCGUUGUCGGCACCAAGCUUGAUCUCGUCAACGAACGCGAAGUCCAGAAAGGUAAAAUACAAGACCUUGCCAAUCGGUGGGAACAUCCAUUCUAUGAAACGUCCGCCAAACGGAACUGGCAUGUGUCUGAUGUGUUCGAGGAUCUAUUGAGACAGAUGCGAAAGAGAUACCCGCACGACGUCCCACCGAAGAAGAGACCGAAGAGAGGGAAAGAUAGCUGCAUCAUCAUGUAA